UGGAGAAGGCGACACUGCUUUGGGGACAUUUCACACUCUUCAAAGCUUCAGUGUGUUUAUCUUACAUCCCUGUUUGAACAUUGAGUUUUAAAAAUGUCCAGGAAAGUGAAGAACAGGAACCUGCAGGUGUCCUGCGAAGAGCGCAUCCUGAAGGACUGCCAUCAGAUGUACACGGAUACAGACAGCGGAUUAAUAGCAAUAGCUCAGUCUGUUGGUGUGAAUUUGCUGCCUCCCAGGACGAAGAUCACCGUGAUGCUGAUGGGGAGCCACUCAGCUGGAAAAAGCUCCUUCAUCGACUGGUAUGUAGAAGAGCACAUCCAAAACACUGGAGCUGCGACCGAGACGCAGGGCUUCACGUUUGUUACUAGUGGGUGCAAGAGAGAGUCUCUUACGGGUAAUGCGACCUUCCAGUUGUAUCCACACUUUAAGCCACUUCAGGAAAUUAAAGGUGUGUCUGAAUACGUUCACACUGAGAUCUGCGCUUCUCGGCAGAAGUGUUUCAGUUUGGUGACUUUUGUGGACACUCCUGGACUGGUGGACGGUGAUAUGAACUAUCCCUUUGAUGUGGACCAGGCCAUCCUUUCGCUAGGUGAUGUGUGCGAUUUGAUCCUGGUCUUCUUCGACCCAAUGGGACAGACUCUGUGCAAACGCACACUCAACAUCGUGGAGCAACUGAACGAAAGGCAGGGAGAUCGACUCCGCUUUUACCUCAGCAAAGCUGACGAGGCUGGAGGAGAGUCAGACAGACAGAGAGUGAAGAUGCAGAUUAUGCAGGAGUUGUGUAAAUGUCCAGGACUCAACAAGUGUGGGUUUGACAUGCCUAGCAUCUAUAUCCCCAAUCCCAACAAGCCCAGUCGAUGUGUCAAUCAGAUCAAGGAGGUGUGUCACACCAUACAGAAAACCACCGAACAGACAGUGCAGAACACACUCAACACGCUGGAGAAGGACUGCGAGUUCAUCAGUGAAGCUGUUACUGAUACUCUCAACAACGACCGGCAGUGUUGCAAGGAGAACUGGAGUGCUUGCAGUUUGAGCUGUGGCCUGGGCAUGCUGGGCUUCAGUGUGCUGCUGCUCUUUACCCUGAUGCUGGGCAUCCUCUACCCUGAGGUGCUGGAGCUGGCACUGGGUGCUUAUGGCACUGAGACACUGUUGCUGUAUCUGGCUCCAGCCAUGAGGGUGCUUGAUUCUGUCCCAGUGCAAUUUCAGCUCAUUAUUUGUGGUUUCUUGAUGCAACUCUCUGUAAUUCUCAUCAUCCUGGCUUGCCUCCUCUUUCACACUAAGCCGACUCUGUCUGGAAAACAAAAGAUAAAGUUGCAAGAAAAACUGGAGUACAUGCAGGAGGUCGUCAAAUCUAAAAAGAAGAAGCUGUAUGAGGAGUACCUCAGAACGUUGGUGAUCAGGAUAGAGCCUAAAGUUUUGGGUUGAAGAUCUACUGGAGCCAUGAAUGGAAAGAACAAUGAACAAGUAAUAGGAAGGAAAUCAGUAACACACCACUAAACUUCCCUGCAUUAUAGAGGAGGAGAAAUAAAUUUAUAAACUGUUUGUCUCUCAUUACAAUGCCAACACAGUGUGUUGCUGAAGGUUACUAUUAGUUUACACACAACCAAGGCAUGCAUUGUUCAAUAUCUUGUAUGUACUCCUGUAUGUACAGGCUUUCUACCAAAUAUACAGUACUUCACGCCAACCUUACAGCAUUACACCAUGUGUUUUAAAUCAAAGGUUUUGCACUGCCUUUAUAUAUAAAUAAUUGUCAUUCAUACUGUAACUGCUUAAAAUAUAUACCUCGCUGUAUCACUGUAUGUUUUUAAAUCAAUAAAAAAAGAUAUAUAGACCAUUGUUUGGUAAUGAGCAAAAGUUUUACCAAGCAUAAAUAAACCAAAUUUGUAUACCUUUACCAUUUUACUCUUUCCUUAUUAUAAUAAAACAAAAAUUUGAUUUGAUCUUUUAUGAAUCCCUUGUCCAGGUAACAAUCUGAUAGUUUGGAUCAAAUUCUUGGAUAUAAUCAUGCACUUGGGUACUGUAGAGGAGGGAAAACAGGAGGAUGGUUACAAAAAUGGUCUGUCUAGAGUCCUCUUGAUAGUAAGUGCUGGUACAAAGUAAACUGUUUUUGAAUUAAUGCUACAUCACAGACACAAAUUUUAGAAUUAGAAAAUAUUAAAUGUUUAUUGCUCAGUUUAGACAGGUAAUAGGAAAGUUGGAAAAUAACUGUACCAGCUUGAACAGCAUGGUCUGUGUAUUGGAAGCUCAUAGCUGGAUCUCUCAGCAGGGUUUUCCCUAUACGUGUUCCAGUCUGAAUAUGAUAUGUCUUGAAAUAAUUGUUUUUACACCAUAC